GUGCAUCGAGUGCGUGCGCGUCUACUUUGUGCGCGAUAUGCACAUUAUUGCAUUGAAUGUAGGCCGUUGCCUACAACAUUUGUCACGUUCAUCAUCGUCUUGCGAGAAUUUCGCUUUUUCUCUUCUCGUCUCAGCCGAUGUGGAAAUAGUACGCUAGGCGAAACGGGCUAAGGCCAGCAAUUCGGAUCAGUCGAUUCCAUAAAUAAACGAUCGAAAUAUGUAAAUAUCGCGCGUAGGUAGUAGACGGGUUACGCUUCAAAAAGAAGUAUUUUUAAACUUCGGGUUUUUACAUAAUUACUUCUUUAUAAUUUUUUUUUUUAAUCAAUUUUGAUUGCGAGAUUUUGUCGUAGGCAUUGCAUUUGUGUCUUCAACAUUACGUUUGUUUGUUGCAAACGCUUGGUGUGUACAAUCUUUGGAUUGAAAUAACGAAUUUGCAAAAUUACGGACAGUUCAUUGAAUAUUUCUCAAUAACGCAACUCUUCGCAAUAAAUAAUAAAUCCCGCCACGCCGAAAAAUCGAUACAUGCGCCAUUCGAUUAGCGAGAGUCUAUUGAUUACUUAACACAUCAUACCGCUAUUAUAGUCCGUCACCAGCGGUGGGAUUCGCGUGGACCACACCGCGGCUGGGCUUGUUAUAUCUAGUCUUCCUGUAACAGUUUUGCGGUCGUUUAAGCAGGUCGGGGACCCUGUGUGGACGGUGACGCAGAUCACCUCCUUUUCGUUCCUAACUUGCACCAGUUGCAUCGCCGAGCUCCACGCAGUAAGCCGUGUUUGUAAUGACGCACCAGUUGAGAUCCGAACGGUGAUCGAGAUAACCGAUCUGGGAAUAAUCGCUUUUUUUUUUUGUUUUUUGCGUAUCGCGUGGUGCUGCUUUUUAGUGAUUUAGUUGGAUGAACGUGACGAUUCGGAAAUUUGGCGCGCAAUAUUGUUGAAAAAUCUCGCGAAAUAUAGGUAUUGUUGCUCGAAAAAUGAGUUUGGAAAAGCGAUGAUCUAAUUGCAUCUAUGUGAAGAGAAAAAAAAAUGGCGCAGAAGAAGAAGAAAAAGAACGGGGAACUUGACGAGGGUUCCGGAUACUUAAAACGUGCAAAUACUGAACGCCUCCAUGAAAUUUUCAAUCAGUAUGCGUCUCAGGAGAAAAAUGGCGAGAGGUUCAUGACCUCAUCCGACUUCGUACGUAGUUACCUUGGCCUGUACAGGGAUGCCAAUUACAAUCCCGAUUCGGUUAAUCUACUUGCUGGUAUCGUCGACACUAGCAAAGAUGGACUCAUAUCGUUUGCCGAAUUUCAAGCAUUCGAAGGUCUUCUCUGUGUGCCGGACGCUCUAUACAAAACAGCUUUUCAGCUCUUUGAUACUAAUGGAAAUGGAAUGGUUGCAUUUGACGAGUUCGUUGAGGUGAUGCGGAAAACUGCGCUGCAUCAGAGGAUGCCUUUUAAUAUGGACAGUAGUUUUAUCAAACUUUACUUUGGGAAAGACAAACAGAGGCUAAUUAGUUAUGCGGAGUUCAGUCAGUUCUUGCAUGACUUUCAUGAGGAAUAUGCAACGGAAGCAUUCAAAAAAUUCGAUAAGGAUGGCACAGGCUUUAUUUCGGUAUUAGAUUUUCAAGACAUUAUGAUCAGUAUUAAGAGUCAUUUGCUCACAAAAGAUGUGAAAGAUAAUCUAAUUGCUGCAGUUCGUGCCGGUCAGGGUGGGCCAAAAGUCAGUUUUCCUUACUUCAUGGCGUUCAAUUCUCUUCUAAACAACAUGGAACUGAUCAAACGUAUCUACUUAAAUGCAACCAAUGGCCAUAGAUAUCAAGAAGUAACCAAAGAGGAAUUUCUUUAUUCUGCACAAAUGAUGUCUCAGAUAACCCCGUUGGAAGUAGACAUUCUAUUUCAUCUUUGUGACUUACUUCAUCAAACUGGAAAAAUUAUAUACAAUGAUCUCGUGGCUAUUACACCAGAGCAAUAUUUCAAACAGAUUACAAAACGCGUUGCUGAAAUUAAAGCAGUGUCGAGUCCAGAUGAACGUGGUAUUAUCGUGCAAAUGCUUGAAAGUGGAUAUCGAUUUGUGCUUGGUUCUAUAGCUGGAGCUGUUGGUGCUACUGCUGUGUAUCCUAUCGACUUGGUCAAGACCAGAAUGCAGAACCAGAGAACUGGAUCCUUCAUAGGCGAACUGAUGUACAAGAACAGCUUUGAUUGCUUCAAGAAGGUGAUACGGCAUGAAGGCAUUUUCGGCCUUUAUCGAGGUUUGAUGCCUCAGUUAAUGGGGGUAGCCCCUGAAAAGGCUAUUAAACUUACAGUUAACGAUUUCGUCAGGGACAAAUUUAUGAACAAAAAUGGAAAUAUACCAUUGUACGGGGAAAUUAUAUCUGGCGCUUGCGCUGGUGGAUCACAAGUUAUAUUCACGAAUCCUUUAGAAAUCGUUAAAAUUCGUCUACAAGUGGCCGGCGAGAUUGCGGGUGGAUCAAAAGUCAGAGCGUGGACCGUAGUCAAGGAAUUAGGUCUUUUUGGGUUGUACAAAGGUGCGAGGGCCUGUUUUUUGCGAGACAUACCAUUUAGCGCAAUCUACUUUCCUAUGUACUCUCAUACAAAGGCUCGAUUGGCCGACGAAGGGGGUUACAAUACACCGUUGUCUCUCCUCGUUUCCGGUGCGAUUGCCGGCGUACCCGCAGCAGCGCUGGUCACUCCUGCGGACGUAAUAAAAACGAGAUUACAGGUUGUAGCUAGAGAAGGCCAGACUACAUACAAUGGACUGUUGGAUUGUGCGAAAAAGAUUUACAAAGAAGAAGGUCCUAGAGCAUUCUGGAAGGGCGCAACAGCACGAGUGUUCAGAUCAUCACCUCAAUUUGGUGUCACUCUCUUCACAUACGAGUUGCUGCAAAGGCUAUUCGUUGUUGAUUUUGGAGGAUCUCGACCUAGCGGAUCGGAGCAGAAGGUGCCUACCACAGGAGUCGCCGAUGAAAUUCGAUCAACGAACCCAGAUCACAUAGGUGGCUACCAAGUAGCUCUACCCAUCUUUACGGGUAUAGAAACAAAGUUCGGUCUUUGCCUACCUAGGUUCCAGGCUGUUACCGGGAAGUAACAUUAGCACCUGCUAGAAAACAAGCUUUGUAGCAACCCCUGCCAUACAUAAUAUAACGGUCGCUGGUUGCCCAAUCGACCGCGUGAAGCGAGUAAGGUGUGUGUGAGCUUCACGAACUACAAAUUGUGAGUCCGCAAAGCGUUCCAUCUUUUCAACAAUCGGCUCGGCCAUUUCGAGUUGGGUACCGUUGUAUAGAUAUAAGAUCCGCGUAAAAAGAAACAAUCGUCGUUUGAUGCACGAUCAACGUGCUGCAUAUGAUAUUACAAAGUGUAAUCAUAAAUCAUAAAUCGAGGAAAGAGAAGUACAAAAUCCGUCGUUGCGAGAAUGCCCAAAAACGUUCGUGAUAGCUGAGUCGAUGCAGUCAAUUGAUACAAAAAAAAAAAAAGAAAAAAAAAAAAGAACCGAAGGUUGAAACUAUUUAUUUUGAUACUAUAUAAAUGUUAUAUAAUUCAAAUUAAAAAGAUGCCCUCCGCGCGUAAUUAUUUUACGAAGCGAGAAAGAGAGACAUUUAUCGACGGUUUGUUGUUACUAACUUGAAACGUUUUUGUCAAUACGCGCAUAAUAGCCAACAGAGAGUGUGUGUAUGGGUGCGCGCGCGCGCGUGUGUGUGUUCGCUAAAUCACAAACGAUUUAUACCAACGAACACGAUAGAGUGUUGUGUUCUAGCAAAGGUUAUAAUCCGCGAUGGCCCCGACGUGUAACAGAUAAAUUUCUGUAAACUGUAAAAUACCAAGUUAGGCCUUUGUAUAACUACAUUUGUUUGUCUAAAUGCCUAGCUGUGUAUUUUGUAUAACUGGCGAAUAGAAAGUCAGUAAAUUCGGUUUAUAUACUGUUUAUAUUACAUGUUAGUCUAAUAAUAUGUUGACUAAUAUUAAAAAUUAAAAGGUAAACCAAUAUAAUUACUAUAUAUAAUAAAGUAAGCCAAAAUUAUAUACUGUACUGUAUAAUAAAGUAACUACAUAUUAGUAAAUCAAUAUUAUUGGUUUACUAAUUGUGUUAUCGAAUGAUAUAAAAUUAAUUUGUUUUGCAACAGAGAACAUAUCACAAAAGUAUAUAAAUUAAACUCAGCAUUUUUAAAUGUAAUAAACCGAAAUACAAGCAAUAUUCUUUUAAUAUUUAAGAACACUGAAAUAAUUGUGCUGCAAUACGAUCUGAAUUAAAACGAACUUACUGACAUUCGAACAUCAGUUUUACAAAUAUGCAGAUGAAUAGAGAGGAGGGUUUAAACGCACACAACUUCGGGAAAUCUUUUCGAUAAUAGCGAAAAAUAUGAAUGUAUUAUUGUACAUAUAUAAGUGCAUUUCUCUUUAUUCAUCUUCUCUUACUUAUGAAAAUAGUGUACACACAAACCUCACGCUAAUUUUCCGAAGAGUAAUUUUGCUGAUCGAUAAAACAGACAAUAUAUACAAUUUUGUUCAAUAUAAUAAAUUUCUGGUUGUAUAUUACCACACACAAUUGCAAAGGCACACAGAAUUUUUGAGGCAAAUUUGGAAUAUAUAAUACAACAAAACCAAUCAUUUGUUUACACUAACGAUGAAUAUGUUUCUUGAAUAAAUUUUUCUUACGUAAAGCGUUUGCAAAUUGUAACA